UCCUAAGUUUGUUCUCCCACCCCAAAGAGGGGUGACUGGCUUUUCCAGUGACACACCAGUGAUACCUGUGGUGUGAGUUGGGCCAGAUCAGCUGGGUGCAGCACAGAGAAGAUGUCACCGUACAUGCUGCACAGCACAUGAGGUGAAACUGGGUGGAACACUCGAGUCCCUGCUCCAGAGAACUCAUAGUCUAGUACUAGCUGCUGCCAGGAGGGAGGCAGUGCCCCAUUCCCCCAUAAGCCUUUUAGGAGAAAUCAGUUUAUGACCCUCGCUUGCUUAUCAUUUGGCAUGAUGGGGCCUGUUGUGUUUAAUGAUUGACGUUGGUGUCGCUGCAGAAAACCAACACAAUGGCUGCAGUCAGGCUUCUUGUCCCUGUCUUCAUCGGCCUGUGUGCAUAUUAUUUCUACAGCCAAGAAACUUUAUCUGCAGAUAUGGUGCAAGGGAAGCGUGUGCUGGUCACAGGUUCAAGCACUGGGAUUGGGGAACAAAUAGCCUACGAGUUUGCCAGGAUGGGAGCCCACCUGAUCAUCACCGCUCGGAGGGAGAAGCAGCUCAAGGAGGUGGCAAAGAAGUGCUUGGAACUGGGGGCGAGUUCUGCCAGGUAUGUUGUGGCCGACAUGAACAACUUGAGUUCAGCCCAGGAAGUCAUUGAAGAAGCUGGAAGCAAACUAGGAGGCCUUGACUACCUAGUUUUGAACCACGUUGGAGGAACUGGUUCAUUUGGCCCAUUUCAGGGAGAUAUGACAGAAGUGACCAGCUCCAUGACUGUCAACUUUUUGAGCUAUGUCCAGCUGACUGCUUCAGCCAUGACUAUGCUGAAGGAGUCUCAGGGCAGUAUCAUUGUCAUCUCCUCCUUGAGUGGUCGCAUGGGAGCCCCAUUUGCCCUCUCAUACAGUGCGGCCAAGUUUGCUCUGGAAGGAUUCUACAGCUCACUACGCAGGGAGCUGAACCUUCAGCAGAUCAAUCUCUCAGUCACAAUUGCUGUUCUGGGAUAUGUUGACACAGACAAUGCUGUGAAAUCUGUUCGUGAUAAAGUCAGAAUGACAGCAAAUCCCAAGGAGGAAUGUGCCCAAGAAGUGGUGCGAGCUGGUGUACUGCGACACCGAGAGGUUUUCUAUCCUUACUGGAGCCUCACGCCUUUGUUGCUGCUGAAAGACUGGAUGCCAGGCCAGAUAGAAAGGCUGUUGGACCACUUCUAUGUUCUGGAGAAUAUCCUCUAACCUCCAGAGCAGUUCACAUCCAAAAGGAUGCAAAUAAAAGGAAAAUAUGGCAGGACUCAUCGAGAGGCUGGAAUCCAGUCUGUGGUG